CACAAAGAAGGAGAAAGGAAUCCAUGUCGUUGGCUGAUUCAUAAUAUUGAUUCAUUGUCUUCCCCAUCCUCCUGAAAGCUUGUUUUUUUUCUCUUUCUUCUCUAACCAAAGUUUCAAACUUUGGGUUCUUUGAUUGGCUUCUUCUUCUUGAGGAACCCAUCGGCAUCAACAAUGGCGCCCAAAGAAAGAGAUCAGAAAGACAGCAAAGAGAAGAAGGUGUUUAUGGGGUUGCUACGGAACUGUGCAGCUGAGCUCAAGCUUUUGUUAGGCUUUCUUUUGAUUCUUUGUAGCAUUGCUACUCUUCUCCAAUUCAUCCCUUCUCGUUUCAUCAUUUCUUCUUCCGAUUUGCGCCUCUGCAUCUCGAAGAUUAACGCCAACUCCAAUCCAAACGCCACCUCUCAUCUUCAACAGCAGCCCCCCUUGGCCCCUCCUUCACCUCCUUCUUCACCUCCCCCGCCUCCUCCACCUUCUCCACCUCCUUCUUCACCUCCCCCGCCUUCGCCACCUCCUCCUCCUGCCCUUGAGCUCGACCAAAUCAUUGACAGCAGCACCAUCAAGAGAGCCUUCAACACAUAUGGUGCUGCAGCUUAUAAUUUCAUCACCAUGGGAAGCUACCGUGGAGGGCUCAACACAUUCGCCAUUGUUGGCCUUUCUUCGAAGCCGAAUCAUGUUUUUGGAAAGCCCUCUUAUGCAUGUGAGUGGGUUCCUUUAAAUCGUUCACAGCCGAGCAUCAAGGCCUCCGGUUACAGAAUGCUUCCUGACUGGGGCUAUGGGAGGGUUUACACAGUUGUUGUUGUGAAUUGUACCUUUAAUCAACCCAUUAACGAUGACAACAGUGGAGGAAGUUUGGUGGUUCAUGCCUCAAGAGCUUUAGGUGCUGAUACAAAACACACUGUGGUGGAUCAAAUUCAGGCAAUUCAAGAACCUCCAGGGAGUGUUGAUUUUAGUAUUUAUACAACUUAUGCUCCAAAGUAUGAAUUUUUCUAUUGUGGGUCGCCUUUGUAUGGGAAUUUGAGUCCACAAAGGAUGAGAGAGUGGAUUGCUUAUCAUGUAAGGCUUUUUGGGGAGAAAUCCCACUUUGUGAUUUAUGAUGCAGGUGGGGUUAAUCCUGAGGUUUUGGAGGUGUUGAAGCCAUGGAUGGAGUUGGGUUAUGUGACAUUACAAGACAUAAAGGAGCAAGAGAGAUUUGAUGGGUAUUAUCACAAUCAAUUCUUGGUGGUAAAUGAUUGUUUACAUAGAUACAAAUUCAUGGCUAAAUGGAUGUUCUUCUUUGAUGUUGAUGAGUAUAUUUAUGUGCCCUCAAAAAUGUCCAUCAAGGCUGUGCUUGAUUCCCUCACUGAUUAUGAUCAGUUAACCUUUGAGCAAAAUCAUAUGAGCAGUCAGAUUUGUAUGCAAGCUGAUGCUGGAAAAACUGAGAGGAUGUGGGGGUUUGAGAAGCUUGUGUAUCAGGACGUGAAGCGAGGGAUAAGAAAGGAUCGAAAAUACGCCAUACAGCCUCGGAACGUGUAUGCCACCGGAGUUCACAUGUCGCAGAACUUUAAGGGAAGGACAAACUACAAGACAGAAGGCAAGCUCAAAUACUACCAUUACCAUGGCACAAUUGCAAACAGGCAAGAGCCCUGCACAACUCUUGUCAAUGAGACAAAUUAUAUCUUUGAGAAGACACCUUACAUUUUGGAUACCACAUUGAGAACAACAGCCCCGGCUGUGAGGAAAUUUGAGCUCAAAAUGAUUGGCCCUAGGCUACAAAACACUCACCAAUGAUUCUGUAUUUAACCAUUUUCCUCUUCUUUAUCUUCUUCUGUACAAUAGUUUUUUUUUUCUCAAAAAAGGGUAUAGAGAUACAUAUGAAGAGAGAGAGACUAGAAGUUGCACCAUUCUUUUGAUUUUUUACAUUCAUUUUAGAAACUCUACUAUAUACCAGUUUGAUAAUGCUAUAGAUUGGUACAUAAAUUUAAUUUAUGAGUGUAUGUUACAUUUUACAUUA